UCAGAAAGCCACACCGACUACAUCUAGACAAAAAAGGCUCCAUUUUUUUCAUUGAAGCACUGCAGCGAACUUCUACUUUAGCAUAAUAUAAUUUUGCCCUCAGUGGGAUUCGCCGCACCGAUGGACCAAGUGAUCAUCCAGCAGCCGACUGCCAAUAAAGAUGGAGCAGAGAACUGGAUGCAAGCCCCCCAAGGCCAAUCAAACUGCCCUCUGGGGUUGGAAUACUUGAGCAUGAUCGAUCAGCUCUUGGUGCACCAGAAAGUAGAACUACUGGAAGUUUUGACUGGUUUUGAAACGGCCAAUAAAUAUUUGGUGAAGAACAGCAUGGGCCAGAAUAUCUACAGUGCCAAAGAAAGUAGCAAUUGCUGUGUGAGGAACUGCUGCGGCUCCUUCCGGCCCUUUAACAUGAAAAUCUACGACAACGUCGGAAACAUGGUCAUUCACUUGCACCGCCCGUAUGCUUGCCAGAGCUGUUGUUUCCCUUGCUGCUUGCAGACCAUGGAAGUAACUGCGCCUCCAGGGACAUUGAUCGGAACUGUGGAGCAGAACUGGAGCAUCUGGAAACCACACUUCAGCAUUAAAGAUGCUGCUGGUGAAGUGGUCCUGAAAAUCGAAGGACCCUGUUGCACGUGCAGUUGUGGCGGGGACGUCAAUUUCAAGGUCCUGUCUGCCGACGGAAAAAGUGAAAUGGGCAUGAUCUCGAAGCAGUGGUCCGGAUUUGUCAGGGAAGCGUUCACUGACGCUGAUAUUUUCGGCAUUUCUUUCCCCAUUGGCCUGGAUGUGAAGACGAAGGCAGUGUUGCUCGGCGCCUGCUUCUUGAUUGACUUCAUGUUCUAUGAGAGUAAGGCGAAUAAUAAUCAUUCUAGCGGUUUGGGAAUGAUUUAGUUGUAAUAUUUUUGAAAUCAUGAAAUGACAACCAAAUUAAAUGUACGCUGGGAAAAUUGCAAUAUUAGAGUGCACUUCUUAAACAAUUUAUAAAUUUUAUAAGUUAUAUUUUAGUAUUAAAUAUUUCAAAAUUUAAAGCACUUUGAAGAUGUUCCAAAAGACAUAAUAUAAUUUUCAUAUUUCUUUAGUGUUAAGAAUUUGAUUAUUCUAAGUCAUCCUUAAAAUAAAUCUACCAACACAGCACUAA